UUUUCACCCUCCAUACAAAGUAACUACCUCACCUUUCAAUUUCAUAUAUAUAACCAACAACCCCUCCCACUCCUUUUCCAUUCAUCUGAAUCACAACAAUUUCACACCAAAACAACAAAAUGCCACCCUUUGUAGGUUCUACUGAUUCCCAACCAAGACCAGAUUCAAACAUAGUCACCAUCGACGUUGGUGGACAAAUGUUUCAAACCACAAAACAAACAUUAACCUCUUCAGGUCCAAAAACCUUCUUCUCAAGAAUCGCUCAAGCUGCUUCACCUUACACACCUUUCGUUGACCGAGACCCUGAACUUUUCUCUCUCCUCCUCUCUCUCCUCCGUACCGGUAACCUUCCUUCCAAAGCCAAAUCCUUCGAUCUUCAAGACCUUAUUAUUGAAUCCAAAUUUUACGGCAUCGAAAAUCUUUUAAUCAAUUCUUUCUCUCAAUUGGAACCUUUUAAUCUUCAAAAAUCUCUUCAGUUACCCUUGAACGGAAGAGACUCUCCCUCUGCCGUCGCAACCACCCCUUACGGCUCCGUUCAUGUUGCUCACGGUAGCAAGAUUACGACGUUUGAUUGGUCUCUUCGUCGGAAAUCUACCAUUCUUACACACUUCACCGCCGUUGAUUCUCUUCUUGCUUUAUCGCCGGAGUUAGCCGCCGCCGGCGCUAACGACUUCUCCGGCCUCCAGAUUCUCGAUCUGGAAAAAGGACACGUGAAGGAAACAUUAAAUUGGGAAAACGUAACGAAAUCAGGUUCGACCGUUCAAGCAAUCGGAUCUUCGCCGGAGCAAAUGUUCGUCAGCUUCGAAUCUUCCCGGAGAAACUCCAAUUCCAUCAUCGUUUACGAUUUGCAUAGCUUCAGACCUAUUACCGAAAUCGGCCACAAUGAGAUCUACGGCGCCGACAUCGAUUCCGCGAUUCCGGCGACGAAAUUGCAGUGGAUUGAAGGUUACAAUCUUUUAAUGGCGUCUGGGUCCCACAGCGGUCCUUCCGGUGUUUCCGGUAACGUUAGGUUAUGGGACGUUCGUUCCGGUGACAUUGUUUGGGAGAUCUCAGAGAAAGUUGAUUGUUUUGCUGACGUGGCAGUUUCUGAUGCGUUGUCGAGUAUGUUUAAAAUUGGUGUUAAUUCUGGUGAAGCGUUUUAUGUUGAUUUGAGGAAUUUGAGUUAUGAGAAGAGUUCUUGGGUUUGUUUAGGUGAUAAGAGAAAAUUGUUGAAUGCGAAAAAAGAAGGGUUUGGUUGCAAAAUUGAAACACAAGGGAAUCAAGUGUUUUGCACUAAGGGUGGGGAUGUGGAACUUUGGUCAGAGAUUAUAAUGGAUUCUUCUUCUAAUAAUUCUAAUAAUAGGAUUUUCAAGAAGAAUUUGAUGGGUAGGGUGCAAGAUAUGGGAGGUGCUAGGAUUACCAAUUUGGCAUUUGGAGGGAGUAGGAUGUUCUUGACUAGAAAAGAUAUGCAAUGUGUUGAGGUUUGGCAGAGUUCUUCUAGGGAACUUUGAUUUUAGUUGUUAUCCUAUUCUUUAUUUUUAAUCUUUAUGUACACUAAGUUACAUAUCUUGUAAAGGGAAAACCUUGUACAUUUUGUUGUUUGGAAUUGUUUUAAUCUUUUUUCAAUGUCAUCUUGCAAUGUAUGGAUGGUUAGUUUUGGAAAACACUCUUCGCAUUUAUUUA